UGCAUGCAGCCCGUUGAUGGUUGGCCGGCCGGGACGCUCGGGGUGGAGCGGUAGAAAAGACCGCGGGGAAAUGUGACUGCCCACGCCGACCUUCUAAUCGAAUCAGCAUGGCCAGGCCAGGAUCUCCCCCCGAAACCUCCCGGCCAUGCCGAGACCCAAGGCAGAGAGGCCCGUGCCGCCGCCGGCCUGCCGCCGGUCCCUCGCGGCGGGCGGGCUGGGCCUGGCGGCCGCGGCGUACGUGGGCGUGGACUACCUCAGCCGCACGUCCCCCUCGCUGCACGGGCGGCUGCAGCCGGCGAUCUGGGCGGCGCUGGCGCUCGCCACCGCCGCGCGGGCGCCCUUCUACCGCCGCUGGGACGCCGAGAUCCGCGCCGCCCCGUGGUUCCUCGCCGCCAUGAUCUUCAUGUUCGCCGCCCUGCUCUGCGAGGCCAUCUCCGUCCGGUUCGUCUCCAGCGUGCUCGGCCUCCGGUGGCAUAGAUCUACUGCUCCUCUUCCGGACACUGGUCAGUGGCUGCUUCUAGCACUAAAUGAGAGGCUUCCUCGAACCGUGGUUUAUCUAUUGAGAGCCCACAUCAUCAGUCUACAUCAUUAUUUGAUGUUGUUUAUCAUGUUGGGAUUCUCGGCAUUUUUUGACUGCAUCAAAGGUCCUGGCCUUGGAAUAGGCACAAGGUAUAUGUUUGCUAUGGCGGUCGGGCGUUUUCUUCGGACCAUAACAUUUGUUUCUACGAUUCUUCCAUCCGCAAGGCCUUGGUGUGCUGCCGCUCGAUAUAAAAUACCUGACCAUCCUCAUGCUUGGGCCCAGAAGUAUUAUGCUCCGUAUGCUUCUGAUCCGCGUGCAAUCCGCAGGGUCAUACUAGUGGAUAUGCCAUAUGCCAUUGUUCAAAAUUAUUCUGAUCACUAUAGACCUGAUUGGGCACAUAUGAGCUUCCUAAUAGACAUAUUGAGGCCCUCUGCCGGAGAGGGGCCUUCGUGGUAUCAUUUGGUGAAUAAAGCCGGUGGUGGUUGCAAUGAUCUUAUUUAUAGUGGGCACAUGUUUGUUGCUGUCCUGACUGCUAUGGCAUGGACGGAAGCGUACGGGGGAUGGAUAUCAGUUGGGAUAUGGUUUCUAGUCCUGCACAGUGCCCAGAGGGAGAUACGGGAGCGUUAUCAUUAUAGUGCCGACUGUGUUGUAGCAAUUUACGUUGGAAUCCUCUUGUGGCGGGUCACUGGGUUCAUCUGGUCCACGAGGGAUUCAGAUCAAGCCAGAAGACUUGCCAAACUCGACGAAGUUCAGAACAGAUUAUUUCAUGCUGCAAAGGACUCGGACAUCGACGAAAUAAGGGGGCUGCUAAAUGAAGUUGAGAUGGCUGGACAGCCAAAGAAGACCUUCUCACAGGGUGUCAUCUUAUCCUUUGCUGCUUUUAUGAUUACAUUCACCCUCCUGUUUGCUCUCCUUGCAUUCUCACUUACUAGCAAUGGAUGAUUGAUUGGCAUCCUCCUGCCUUCCAUUUAUUUUUGCCAGUAGUAUAUUUUAGUCAGUGCUCCUGACCUUGUCGAUGCUUAUAUUGGCUGAGAACUUGGGAAUUGAUACUAACAGGUAGUUUCAUGCAGGGAACCUACUUGUUGAUAAAAACAUGUAGGUUUUGCUGAUAAAGGAAUGAUUAUUUCUUGCCUUUCA